AUGGCCAUCAACGAAACCUGGCUACACGAUGGAGAGGAGGGGCGGGCGCCGGUCAUACCUAACUAUCGCCUGCGCCACAUCCCGCGGCCGCGCUCCGUGCGCGCGCGCGGCGGCGGCGUCGGCUUCUACGUCAAGAAUGGAGUUGCGGCUCGACGCUGCGCCCACCCGCCCGAUAUGGGAGUUGAACAGAUGUGGCUCAAGUUAUCAAUUAAUGCCUGCCCCCCUUGUUCCGACGGGAAGGUCUGCUCACCAGAAAACGGGCGCUGCGUGUGUCCACCCCGAUCCAGGGGUCCCGGGUGUAAACAAUGCGCUCCAGGGUUCUGGGCCAGGCCUGCUGGGUGCAAGCGCUGUUCCUGCGGGCCCGGGGCCGCAUCUGACACCUGCGACCCUCUCACCGGGCAAUGCAAGUGCCGCGCCGACUGGUCCGGGGCUUCCUGUGACGUGUGCGCACUCGGCCACUUCGGGCCAAGGUGCAAGCCCUGCCAUUGCCAUCAGGACGGUAGCGCGCAAUGCGAGAACGGAGUGUGCGGCUGUGAUGAUAACGGACAGUGUUUCUGUAAGGCGAACGUAGUUGGUGAGAAGUGCGACCAAUGCCGGCCAGGUACAUUCGGACUUUCUGCUUCGCCAACCGGCUGUACUGAGUGCUUCUGCUUCGGCCGAAGCGCGCACUGCACACAGGCAGGUUACUUCUCUAGUGUAAUGCAGGCCUCACUCGGGCGGCCCUGCAUGCCGCUGCGCCCGCGCACCUCACGUUGCUCCAGGGUAGACCAAGACUCUCUAAUAGCCAUCCACACCCACUCCCUGGAUUCCACAAUCACCCUCCCCUGGCCCCCAGUCCCCGUGUACAUGGAGCUGGAUAAGCGGUUCCUGGGGGACCGGGUGACGUCAUACGGAGGCUUCCUCCGGUUCAGGGUGGAGGAGGAGGGGGGGGAGGGGCUGGAUGAGGAGACGAUGAGGAGGUUCCCGCUCGUCAGGGUGUACGGGAGGGAUGUGGUGCUGGAUUAUUAUGAGCGCACCCCACCAAUCAACAACACACACGGCAUCCGCCUUCACGAAUCGCUAUGGCGGGUGCGCGCACGCAGCGAUCUGCAAGCAACCCGCGCCGCCCUCAUGCUAGGCCUCAGCAAGGUCGAACGGAUACUUGUUAGAGUCACCACUAGGGCGCCUAAACACGAUGACAAUGUCCAUGCUCUACUCCUCAACGUAUCUCUAGACACAGCGAUCCCCGGCUUCAGCCGCUCGGAGCCCGCGCUAGGCGUAGAACUCUGCUCCUGUCCCACUGGCUACUCCGCGCCAUCUUGCCACGAGCCUGCCAUCGGCUUCUGGAUGCCUCCUGUCAAAGUUCAUCUUGAUAGCGUGGCUGGCACCAUUGUUAUAAGACUGGAAGGAGAUGCGAAGCCUUGUGACUGCAAUGGAAGAGCUGUUAGCUGUAAUCCUGAUACUGGACAUUGCGUGACUGGAGGGAGAUGCGAAGCCUUGUGA